ACUCGAGUUACAAAAAAAGGUCAACUGGCCUUUUUCCACACGUUUGCUCAGACGUGUUGAUCAAAACAUUGCACUUGGUUAACGUUGUAUUUAGAUAUAUUAAUGCGACGCCGUUAUUAACGGAAUCUGCGUCUGAUCGAGCACAAUAGCCUGCUGGCGUCAAGAUCAUGGCGAUGAGAUGUGAGGGCACGGUUGAAACUGAGAUUGAGGAGGAAGAAAACUUUGGACCUCAGCCUCUGUGCAGACUAGAGCAAUGUGGAAUAAGUGCAAGUGACAUCAAGAAACUGGAGGACGCAGGUUUCCACACCAUCGAGGCAGUGGCUUAUGCGCCGAAGAAGGAGCUGCUUAACAUAAAAGGCAUUAGUGAAGCCAAAGCUGAUAAAAUUAUAAUGGAAGCUGCCAAGCUUGUGCCUAUGGGCUUUACUACAGCUUCUGAGUUCCACCAGAGAAGAGCAGAAAUCAUCCAAAUAUCUACAGGUUCGAAGGAAUUGGACAAACUCCUACAUGGUGGGAUUGAGACUGGUUCCAUCACAGAGAUGUUUGGGGAGUUUCGGACAGGGAAGACCCAGCUGUGCCAUACACUCGCUGUCACAUGUCAGCUGCCCAUGGAUCAGGGGGGUGGAGAAGGUAAAGCCAUGUACAUUGACACAGAGGGAACCUUCAGACCAGAAAGACUCCUGGCUGUAGCCGAAAGGUAUGGGCUGGUGGGCAGUGACGUUCUGGACAAUGUGGCCUAUGCUCGAGCUUUCAACACGGAUCAUCAGACACAGCUGCUUUAUCAGGCGUCUGCUAUGAUGGCUGAGUCCAGAUACGCUCUGCUGAUUGUGGACAGUGCCACAGCUCUGUAUAGAACAGACUACUCGGGCAGAGGUGAGCUGUCAGCCAGACAAGGACACUUGGGACGCUUCCUUCGCAUGCUGCUCAGGCUGGCUGACGAGUUUGGCGUUGCAGUGGUAAUAACCAACCAAGUGGUUGCACAGGUCGAUGGGGCUGCCAUGUUCUCUGCUGAUCCAAAGAAGCCAAUCGGUGGCAACAUUCUGGCUCAUGCAUCCACCACACGGCUGUAUCUGAGAAAAGGCAGAGGAGAGACAAGAAUCUGUAAAAUCUACGACUCGCCUUGCCUGCCAGAGGCGGAAGCCAUGUUUGCCAUUAAUGCUGACGGAGUGGGAGAUGCUAAAGACUGAGAACGCGCCGCAUUCGACGCUAUGGAAGUGUCGAACCAGCCCGAUCAAAUCUGAAAAACCUCUGGGAUCUGGACAGUACUAUUACUGCCAGGAAAGCUCCAGAAGUGCUGAGGUCAGACUGAGUCAAAGGCAAGGUUCAAGCGGUUAGCGAUGUGUUGCCAUCAAGGCUAGUAAAACAGCAAGGUAUGAAAAUAGGAACGAGCAGCUGAAAAUGAAGACAAGAUCAGUCAGAUAAAACUAAUGGAUCUCAUUCUUUAUUCUCGAUACAUUUGAGAAAUCAAAGUUGUUAUAUGAUGACCAAAACAAUUUGAAAUAUGACCGUCUCUGUCUUUGUUUCAGAAGUAUCUCUCGGGUGAAAAGGACAGAGCGGCAAACGCCGCUCUCGAUUAGUCAACGGGUAAACAUUUUUGCCACCGAGGCCCUUGAAAGUAAUCUCAUCAUGUUUUUCAAACAAGCGGAAGUUUGUCAACUCUCCAAAAACGCUACAAAAUACCUUGUGUCCAUUUGUCACAAUGUGUUAAGUGUCUGCGAUUGCUUAAAAGAUAUUUGAGCAAUUACGUUGAUGCGUUGUCAUUAGCCAAGAUGUUCCAGCUAGAAUGUGAUCAAAUUUCACCCUAUCGGAAUGACGUCGAAAGAUUGUGAUUGGACGAGAGAUCAACAUGUCAGCGUUUACUUUCCGGUUUGAAGAUGGCACCUUUUGUUUGAAUCCACCUAUUUUCCACAUAAGCUGUAAGUAUUGGAGCAUGUGACUGUGCUUUGCCUUUGAGUAUUAAAAAAAAGGAUGAAUUUCUGG